AGGUUUCUCAAUCCAUAGAAAAAUGGCUGGCGGUCACGGACACGGCGUUGAGCCCCAAUUCCAAGGCAUUGCCAAGAUCUUUAACUCUGUGACCACUGCCGGUCGCCGUAACCUCGUGCUCGCCACCCUCUCUGGCGUCACUCUUGCCAUCCUCAUCGGCAAGUCCGGCGGCAGCAAGCCCGUCCCCGCAGACGCCAAGAAGCAUUAAAUUUUUUUGGUUUUUUUGCUUGGUUUUCUCCCCAUCUCUGUCAAUUUUUUUUGGAUAUUACAUUUACGUGCACUCAAAGCCGUCACAUCA